AACACCAAGUUGCCUUACAAACCACGUUUCUCUCUCCAAAAAAACCACUAUUUAUGGAUUUGUGUUCCUACGAACAUUUCUUUUCUUAACAACAUCUUUCAAUUUUUUCAAUUCUUCUGUUACAAGAUUUUCUCUCUUUUUUGCCUCACUUCCCUUUAUCUCUGGCUUUUCGUAUUCAUUCAAAGUUCAUAUAAUUCUUCUGUUUUUUCCUCUGUUUCAUACAUAACCACUCCUUCGAAUUCUUCUGUUUUUUUUUUCCCCAACUACUACAUUCUAGUAAUCUUUUGAUAAGACCAUUUCAACUUUGGAGGUUUUAAGAUCUGGGUUUAAGUUAAUUUCCUUUUUAGCUUCUUUAUCAAAAAAAGAAAAAAGAAAGAAAAAAAAAGAGAAGCUCAUAUACAAUUCAGAAAAAACCUUCUCACUUUGAUCUGUGAAACAAAGGAUUUAAUUUCCUUUUUAGCAUAUUUAUCACAAAAAAAGAAAAAAGAAAAAAGAAAAGAGAAGCUCAUAUACAAUUCAGAAAAAACCUUAUCACUUUGAUCUGUGAAACAAAGGAUUUUAGGAAAAGGAGAUAGGGUAUGGAAAAGGAGUUGGAAUUGGAAUUGCCACCGGGUUUUCGAUUCCACCCAACCGACGAAGAGCUUAUCACUCACUACCUCUCCCAAAAAGUCCUUGACAGCAGCUUCUAUGCACUAGCUAUCAGUGAUGUCGAUUUGAACAAGGUUGAGCCUUGGGAUUUGCCUUGGAGAGCGAAAAUGGGCGAAAGAGAAUGGUAUUUCUUCUGUGUUAGAGAUAGGAAGUACCCAACUGGUUUGAGGACAAACAGGGCUACCGAUGCUGGUUACUGGAAGGCUACAGGGAAAGAUAAGGAGAUUUACAGGGUGAAAACCCUGGUUGGAAUGAAGAAAACUCUGGUAUUCUACAAAGGGAGGGCUCCAAAAGGAGAGAAAAGCAAUUGGGUCAUGCAUGAGUAUAGGUUGGAGGGCAAGUAUUCCCCAUACAGCAUGCCUAAAACCGCCAAGAAUGAAUGGGUGAUUUCCAGAGUUUUUCAUAAGAGUUCAAGUGGGAAGAAGAUACACAUUUCAGGGUUGACUAGAAUGAGCAGUUAUGGAGAAAAAUCACAGCCUUCAAAUUUACCUCCCCUGUUAGACUGCUCUGCUCAUGAUGACAGGACAAGAAGCACAGCCGCCGAUACCUCCCACGUGUUCUGCUUCUCCGAUCUGACGGAGCACAAGAAAUCAGAGUCUGGCAUUGUUGACAGCUUCAACAACCCUUUUCUACCCUCCUUUUGCUCUGCUUCAAAGCCCUCCACUGUUUCACUGCUCUGUUCCAAAGCCUCUGUUUCAGACACACUCUGUUCCACUCAAUUUCUGCCAAAUCUUGAAAAUUUUGAGUACCCAGAUUGUGGUUUGAUUCAGGAUCAGUCUAUAUUCAGGUUUUUGGUUCAAAACAAUGAGCAGAAUAGACAUUUCAAUGCUGAAUUCUCGCCUGACGCUGGCACGAGCACCGAUAUGUCGUCGGUUGUGUCGUACCAUGAGAUGGGUCAGAGGUGUUACGAAGAUCAAGAUGAUCCAAUUACUUCAACUGGGCCUGUGGAUCUUGAUUGUCUCUGGAAUUACUAAAUUUGAAGAUGAACAAACAAUAGUUAGCACAAAGAAGAAGAUAGUGAGGAAAUGAAAGGUUAUGAUCUUUAGUAAUUAGUAUUUGUUAUCAAAUUAUUGUGUGUACAAAAUUUUCAAUUCCAGCUAUUACAUGAAUUUAAAUUCAUCUGACUCUCCCAACUUCCAUCAGUUCAUAGUAUAAUGAUUUUUAUUUUUCAUUA